AUGAGGAGUCGUAUAAACCCCGCCACUGCAGAGUUUGGAGCUGUUGAAGGCGAGGCAACAAGCGUAUCUGAGUGGCUGCUGCGCGCAAGGAGCGAACGGACCGCUCCGCCAGCACGAUGGGACUCGAAGACUUUCACUUAUCUUAACCGGUGGAUUUUCAGCCUUUUUCUUUAUCAGUUUUUCUUUGUGUUUCUGAGUGCGUCUGAGGGAAAUACUAUCCGCUAUCAGACUAACGAGGAGAACGCACCGGGUUCUGUCAUCGGAAACCUGGCCAAGGACAUGUCCUUGAGUCUGUCUCACUCCUCUAAGUCCAAUUUCAGGAUGAUGAAACAAUUCAACGAUUCAUUCAUCAGGGUGAGAGAAAGCGAUGGGGAGCUCAGUGUGGGGGAACGAAUUGACAGGGAGAGACUGUGCAGACACUCUCCACAGUGUCUCAUUACUUUUGAUGUGGUCAAUUUUUCAAAAGAGCGCUACAAAUUGAUUCACGUUGAAGUGGAAAUAAAGGACAUCAAUGACAACUCCCCGGAGUUUCCAAACAGGGAGUCUAUAGUGGAGAUCUCAGAGAACGCGGUGGUGGGCUCCCGGAUCCCAUUAGACCCGGCUGUAGACGCGGACGUGGGCUCCAACUACAUUCAGAGCUAUCAGAUCUCUGUCAACAGUCACUUCAGCAUAGAUGUGCUCCAGAGAGCGGAUGGGGUUAAAUAUGCGGAAUUGGUGCUAAUGAAGGAGCUAGACAGAGAGACUCAGUCCUCUUACACUGUGGAGCUGGUGGCCACAGACGGGGGCAGCCCGCCCAGAUCCGGAUCCGCCAAAAUCACUGUGAAAGUGACUGACUUUAAUGACAACAGCCCCGUGUUUGACCAGAGCAGCUUCUCUGUCAGUUUGCCCGAGGACGCCCCAGUGGGCACCGUUAUCCUGGACUUAAACGCAGUUGAUGCCGAUGAGGGACUGAAUGGGGAAGUAGUGUACGCAUUCGGAAAGGUUUCUCACGAAAUAAGAGAACUUUUCCAAGUGGAUAAUAAAUCAGGACACCUAACUCUAAAGAACCCGGUGGACUUUGAGGAGAAACGCACUUAUGAGCUUGAUGUGCAGGCGACAGAUUUGGGCGCAAACCCCAUUCCGUCUGUGUGCAAAAUCAUAAUCCACAUAACGGAUGUAAAUGACAAUGCCCCAGAAAUCAGCAUCACCCCCAUGACCUCCAUCACCACGGGCAUUGCGCACAUCAGCGAGGCGGCGGAGAAGGACAGCCUCGUGGCGCUCGUCAGCACCUCGGACAGAGACUCCGGGGUGAACAGCCAAGUGCACUGCACGCUCUACGGACACGACCACUUCAAACUCCGCCAGGCGUACGAGGACAGCUACAUGAUAGUGACAGCAGCGCCGCUGGACAGGGAGAGAAUCAGUGAGUAUAACUUGACUGUGAUGGCAGAAGAUUUUGGGACGCCCCCUUUGAGAAAAAUCAGCCAGUACACUAUUAGGCUGACGGACGAGAAUGACAACGCCCCCCACUUUAGUAAGUCUGUCUAUGAGGUGUCAGUAGUGGAGAACAAUGCCCCCGGCGCCUCUAUUACCACUGUGGAAGCCACUGACGCAGACCUGGGGCUAAAUGGCAAAAUCACGUAUAGACUGGUGGACAGCGUCAUUAUGGGCUCCCCUGUCAACACGUACGUCUCACUCAACUCAGUCUCUGGUUCCAUAUACGCGCUGAGAAGUUUUAAUUAUGAAGUUAUGAAGCAGAUAGACAUCCACGUAAAAGCCAGUGAUGGGGGGUCGCCGCAGCUCCAGAGCACGGCUGUCAUCCGGCUAAAAAUAGUGGACCAAAAUGACAACCAGCCUUCUAUAAUCGAGCCCCCGCUUUACAAGGGAUCUGCCGAGGUUUUCCUGCCCAAAGACGCACCUGCGGGCUACUUGGUAACCCACAUUAAGGCCACAGAUGCUGAUGAAGGCAUAAACGCGCAGCUGUCCUAUAAAAUAACCGAGGGCGGACACCUGGGCUUCUCUAUUAACAAGGACACGGGGAAAUUGCACGCGAGCCGGCAGCUUGCGUACGAUAUUUCAGACAAUGUCAAAGUCACAAUAGCAGUGAGCGACAAUGGUUUCCCUGCGCAAACUUCCACAGCAGUCAUCCACUUGAGUUUUAUUGAGGGGAGUCUACCCAGCAUGCCUUCCUCUGUGUCUGAGAAUAGCAGAGAGGAUUACUUUGAGUGGGACAUGUCUGUGGCCAUUAUUAUCGUCCUGGCAGGAAGUUGCUCUCUCCUCCUCUUGGCUAUCGUCCUCAUUACGACCAUUUGCAGCCGGCGCAGGAAGGAGCCAAGGGAGAGCUGCUACGAGGAGAAAGAAGACGCACCAAACGUGGAGAGGAAAGUGGAAAGCGGCCAUAUUGAUUCAUUGAUCGCCAACCACAAAGGCAAAGUGUUUGAUGCCCAUCCAUUUCCAGAAACAGCUCCUCUGGCGAGCAGCACCACCACCACGGAGGCCCGGUGCGAGGACGCCAGGCAGACUCCAGGCAUCUUUGAGCCCAACAGCAGGACGGUGGAGGGCAAAUUAAAGGGCUACUCCACUUUGCCGGGGUAUGGCAAAGAGACAGUGAGGCCUAUAACUAUCUGGAAGGGUAAUUCUUUCACCACCAUCUCGGCCCGGGACCCCCACAUCAGCGGUAAGGACAGCGGCAAAGGGGACAGCGAUUUCAACGACAGUGACAGUGACAUCAGCGCAGACGUCCACAAGAAGGAGUCUCCGCCCACAAACAGUUUAUGGGCUUGUACCAGUGAAUGUAAAGUGCUCGGACAUUCGGAUCGCUGCUGGAGCCCCUCUGCGUCUAGACCCAACACCAGCCUGGCCUGCGCACCGCACCUGUCCUCGCACCUGUCCACGCACCUGUCCACUUUCAACAAGACUGCUUCACUCCCAAGGGACGCACGUCGGGAGAACUACUACCCCUCUCACAUACCCAAGCCAAACGCACUGCAGAGCGUGUACGAACAGGUCCAGCACCAGGAAUUUGACUACAUAUUAGUCGGUCCACCCACACCGGCUCGGAUACAAGAGACAGAUGAAAUUUCCAUCCCUGAAUACAACAAUUCAUAA